AUGUUUCUGAAAGAAGUUUCAUUGAAUUGUUUCAUGAAUAACUUUAAACAAAUUCAACAAUAUUCAAUGUUUCUAUAUCUAUAUCUAUUUGUAAUUAUUAUUCAAUUUCAUAUCUCUAAUAUAAAUGGACAAAAUAUAUUAAAAUAUGAACCAAAUAUUAAAUGGAAAACUAAUAAACAAUUAAUAAAUAAUAAUAAUAAUAAUAAUAAUAAUAAUAAUAAUCAUGAAUAUUAUGCAACAGAAAUUGUGAAAAAAUCAAAAAUGGUACCAUUAUCAAUUGAACAAAAUGUUCUAGAAAAUUCUAAAACAUUUGAUUGGUUUAAAAAUAGAUCAAUGAAAAAAAUAUAUAAAACAAAUCAUCAUCAUAAUAAUAAAGAAAUAGGGAAUAUAAAUAUCACACAAACAAUAAAGCUUGAACGGAAUAACAAUAAUAAUGUUAUUAAUGGUAAAUUAGACCAUCAGAAUUCAGAACAAAGAUUACGGAGUGUAAGUUAUCGGAAUAGAAGUGUUUCGGACGUGCACAAUAAUACUGAUACUACAAAUGAUCCACUUAUAUUUAUUAAUGUCAGUAAACUACUUGAACGAGAAAAACGCCAUGUUCCUUCAGUGGCACAUUACAUUCUUUCGCCGUUAGUAGCGAAUCGAAAGAAAGAUCAUUAUAAUUAUGUCUCAUUGACAUCGUCAUCAUCUUCAACAUCAUCCUUACCAUUAACUUAUGGUUCACAGAAUUCACGAAAAGAAAAGUCAACUAAAUUUGGAAUAUCAGUAAGGCCUAGAAAGCUGACAAGUCAAUCAUUUAUCGCAUACAAUGUUGAAAAUGAUAUUUUUAACUUUGUAUUUCAAUUUGUACGAUAUAAUCGAACUUCAGUAGAUUUGAUUACGGCAUUCAAUUUGAUACGUGAAUGGGAACGUUUCAAAUUAGUACAACAAGUACAAAUUCAAAGAGAGCAAAAAUUAAAAAUGUUACGUCAUAAACAAGAGCAUAGACGUCUUGAUGAAUAUCAUCGUUAUCUACGGCAUUUUUCAACGAUGCUUACCAAUGAAAAAGCGAAACAAUUUAAAAAAGCACAAAAUUUUUAUGACUUCAAAAAAAUUAUCAUCGGUACUAAAGGUGUUAAAACAGAUUUGAAAUAUAAUGAAAAAACGAUUAAUUCACGUUUAGAUUCACAAUCAUUAACAGAACGACAAAAAAUUCAUGAAUCAUUAUCAUCUUCAAAUUUAAAUGAUAUACAGUUUUCUGGUGGAAUUGGUGGAGGAAUAUUUGCGGAUAGUUUACGACUACGAAAGAUAAGUAAUCGUGAAGGUCGUGCAAUUGUACCUGACAGUAGUAAUAAUAAUAAACAAAGUCCAUUGAAAAUAAAUUUAGCAACAGAAUUUUCACAUAUCUUGAGUAAAACUAAUGAACAAUUAUCAAAAGAUCUACAAUCCGAUGAAGUGAAAAUCGAUUCUGGGGGAUAUCCCAAUGAAGAGUCAUAUUCAGAAGAUGAAUUAAGACGAGCUUUUGAAAAUUAUCAAGAAUUCAAAAUGAUAUCUUGCCAACCACAGAAUCGAACAUUAUGUACAGAAGCACUUCUUCGUCUUAAUCAUGAUCACCAGCAACAACACCAAGAACCAAAUCAUGACCAUCAUCAUCAUCAUACAGCUCUUAUUAUACCACGUGGUAUACACAUUCAAAGAUGUGGUCAACAAGAAAUUUCACGUUGUAAUCAUUAUACAAACUCAUUUUCAAAUUAUGAUGAAGAAUAUGAUUAUGAGCGAUCAGAAUUCACACCGCUUUCAUCAUCUUCUUCUAACAGUCAUGUAAAUUAUGAUGACCAAUAUUUAGAUAUAUUAAAUGAUCGAAAUCAGUAUACAUCUUGUAAUUGUGAAACACUUGAAGAGGAAUGUUUACCUAUAAAGGUUUCAUUAAAAACAUUUGCAGUUGCUGUGAUGCAAAUUGUACCGUUUGGAAAUUUCACUCAUUCAACCGAACUGAUUGCAUUAACAAAUCAUUUACAGUGUGGAUGUCAACCACGCUGCAGUAAUCGACUAUGUAUUGCUCCACUGAAAUUUAUUAUGCACACAUUUUCAGAUUGUGCAUGUGUAUGUCAACCGAAUGAUAAACGAUGUUUUGAAUUGUUGGAAGGGAAACGUCAAUUCACGGCUGAAGAAAUUCCAUUACCACUGAAUGGUUCUUACAUCUUACCACCUUGUCGUUAUGGUGUAAUGGAUGAUUUACACUUAUAUCAUAGACAUUGCCCCGGACCAACUAGAAAUACGCUUCCAAUUAAACAAUAUGACAACAUAAAAUGAAACUAAUGGGAAACUUAUUUCUCUCACCUACCAGUAGCCAGGUGUCAAAUAGUUUAACAAUUAUAUAUGGCUUUUAGUAAGUAAGCCACGGAAAUGGAGUAUAACUAGGCAAAAUCGUGCAAUCUAUCAUAUUCUUUUUCAGUUGUCUUCUGUAUUUUCAUUGAUCUUACAGUUACCACUCUGAUUUAUACACGCAUACAUACAAAUUAGACAUCAAUACAAACAUACGAUAUCCGUCAUUGUCUCUAUUGUAAAUCGAAAACUUUGCUUAACCAUAAAAAUCUCAAUCACUCUUUAAAUGUAUAUAGUACCAAUUAUCUAUAUUCUAUUGAAUGAAUUUCUGAUAACUAAAUUUAUUUCUAGUAUACUCUCGUUGGGACUAACCGCAAUAAUGUUUGAUAUGAAAGAUAAAGAGUUAUUUAUACUGUCUUA